GUGGAGACCCCUGCUAUAGAAGAACGCGCAGUACCGAUGCAAGCAAAAGAUAGCGCAAAGCAACCACUUGAAUGCCCAACAUACAAUUCUCUCGCUGCCGGACGGAUGUGGCGGAUCGCUCCCGCUACUAUGUUGGUCUAGGUUCACUUGACGUCGCCAGUGUCAGUGUUUCGCGAGCUUCGUGCCAAAAAGGAAUUCUUCAACAGUGAUCUCGCUGUUGGUGAUCAGCGGGCGAAGCAACAAUCUACGCACCACCAACUCGUGUUCUCACACACUGCCGUGACCUCACCGUAGCAGGACCGACGUCAACGCGUAUCAACACCAGCAAGAAUGGCUUUAAGAUUAUUGUUUGGUAGCAAAAUUGCACAACUGCAGCCAAUCGUCACUGGCCGAGGGAUCUUUGCACGAUCCUGCCGAGCGGCGUCAACUGAUAAGGGUCCCACCUUCGACUGGGAGGAUCCACUGAAUCUGGAAUCACAGCUGAAGGAGGAUGAAAUUGCGAUCCGCGAUUCGUUCCGGGCGUACUGCGAGGACAAGCUGCUGUCCCGUGUGAUUGAAGCGAACCGGCAUGAGGUGUUCCACAAGGAGAUCAUGCCGGAGCUCGGUUCGUUCGGUGUGCUGGGUUGCACGAUCAAGGGUUACGGAUGUGCCGGCGUUAGCAACGUCGCGUACGGACUGUUGACACGCGAGGUGGAACGGAUCGAUUCCGGGUACCGGUCCGCGUUUAGCGUACAGAGCUCCCUGUGUAUGGGCGCCAUCAACGAUUACGGCAGUGAUGCGCAGAAGGAAAAGUAUUUGCCCCGAAUGGCACGGGGAGAAAUUAUCGGAUGUUUCGGACUGACCGAACCAAACCAUGGCAGUGAUCCGUCCUCGAUGGAAACACGGGCCGUGCACGAUCCGAAGACGAAAACGUACGUACUAACCGGAAGCAAAACGUGGAUUACAAACUCCCCGAUCGCAGACCUGUGUAUCGUGUGGGGCAAAACGGAAGAUGGCAAGGUGCGGGGGUUCAUCGUGGAUCGGUCGGAAAGCGGGGAAGGUUUGGCAACGCCGCGAAUCGAAGGCAAGUUCUCGCUGCGUGCCUCCGCGACGGGUAUGAUUCUGAUGGAUGAGGUGCGCAUUCCCGAGGACAAUCUGCUGCCGAACGUGAGUGGUAUGCGGGGACCGUUCGGAUGUUUGAACAACGCCCGGUACGGUAUUGCCUGGGGUGCGCUCGGUGCAGCAGAAUCGUGUCUGAAGGUGGCCCGAGGAUACACGCUAGAUCGCAAGCAGUUCAAGAAGCCGCUCGCCGCGAAUCAGCUGAUGCAGAAAAAGAUGGCAGACAUGCUGACGGAGAUCAGUCUUGGGUUGUCGGCCUGCUUGCACGUGGGACGACUAAAGGACCAAAAGCUACACACACCGGAGAUGAUUUCAAUGCUGAAGCGUAACAAUGCUGGCAAAGCGCUGGAAAUUGCCCGUGUUGCGCGCGACAUGCUCGGUGGAAAUGGUAUCGCCGAUGAGUACCACAUCAUCCGGCACGUGAUGAAUCUGGAAGCGGUCAACACUUACGAAGGUACUCACGAUAUUCAUGCCCUUAUUCUUGGACGCGCUAUCACCGGAUUGCAGGCAUUUGCUUAGGACAAUUAGAAUGCACCACUCGACCGGACUAGCAUUUGCGCGAUUUGCUUGUAAAUAAAAACGUAUCUUGUACAUCA